GUGGGUGUGGGACUUUUGGGUUUUUGCAGGCAUACCAUAUUGGUGAGGACUAAUUUAGAUUAUGGGUAGGCAGCCUUGCUGUGACAAACUGGGUGUGAAAAAGGGGCCAUGGACUGUGGAGGAAGACAAGAAACUCAUCAACUUCAUUCUCACCAAUGGUCAGUGUUGUUGGCGUGCCGUCCCUAAGCUGGCCGGUCUCCGCCGCUGCGGCAAGAGCUGCCGACUUCGAUGGACUAAUUAUCUUCGGCCUGAUCUGAAGAGAGGCCUUCUUUCCGAGGCUGAAGAACAGCUGGUUAUCGACCUUCAUUCCCGCCUUGGUAAUAGGUGGUCGAAGAUUGUGGCCAGGUUGCCAGGCAGAACCGACAACGAGAUCAAGAAUCAUUGGAACACACACAUCAAGAAAAAGCUCAUUAAAAUGGGGAUCGAUCCUACUACUCAUGAGCCAUUGGAAAAAGAAGCAAAGGCUGAAGAAAGCAUUUCCCAUGCUGACCAUUCUGCAGAUAAUUCGAGUACACCAGCUGAGAAUUGCUCUGCUUCUGAUGGUUUCGAUUUGCUAAACAAAAUUUGCAGUGAUGAAUCUAAUUUAUUAAGUAGCUUAUGGCUGGAUGAUGAACCUCCCUUAGUCGACUGUUCCUGGAACAAUCUACCAGCCUGUAAUGCCACAAGCUUCCCAGCUUGGGAGGAAAACUGCUCUUGGUUGCUUGAUUUUCAGGAUUUUGGUAUUAACGACCUUGGGUUCGAUUGCUUAAACGACAUUGAAUCAAACAAGAGGGGCGACAAAACGAUAGCCUGAUGCAACAGAAUCGUUAUACAUAUAUAUAUAUAUACGUGUGUGUGUGUGUGUGUAAAAAAAUGUUACAAGGUGGAAGAUAUAACUAGCUUCUUUGGAGGUUUUUCAGCUACCAAUUCAGAAGUGAUAUCAGCCCUCAUAUCCUGAAGAUGUGAUGUGAUAUAUUUCCUCGGUGCCCUGUAAUCUUUUCUUCUGUACAAGACGGGGGAAAAGAUUAUUAUUCAGCCAAAUGAACAAAAGAUACGAUAUGAUUUGGACAUAUUAGGCAUGAUGUAUAUUAUGAAAAUAAAUAAAUAAAGGCAAAAGAAAAUUUAC